AUGACUUCGGCUAGGUAUACACUGCUGGCCUUUCAACAUCUGCAGGUGAAUUGGAGCGAUCCUUUCGCUUCCUGCGAAGAGAGAGCCGAGUACGUCUUCGAGAACGGUGCGAGCUACACUGGCCAGUGGCUCGGCAACGAAAGGCACGGGUAUGGAGUUCAGCGUUGGCCGGAUGGGGCAGAAUACCGCGGGCAAUGGAAAAGGGAUAGGGCAGACGGAGAGGGCAGCUUCCUCCACGCAGAUGGCGACAAGUUCACCGGACAAUGGGCAGCCGACAAAGCAACCGGCCAGGGCACCUACGAACAUGCAGAUGGGAGCAGAUACGAGGGACAGUGGCUCGAGGACAAGCAACAUGGUGAAGGGGUGGAGAGGUGGCCGGAUGGGGCGAUCUUUAAGGGCCAGUACGAACACGGCAGAAAGCACGGCCGGGGCAUGUUUGUGUGGGCAGACGGCUCCCUGCAUUCAGGUCAAUUCUCAGAGAACCAGCUCAACGGAGUCGGCACCUAUGUGUGGACAGAUGGUCGAGUCUACGUCGGCAAUUUCAAGAAAGACCGCAUGGAUGGAAACGGGACGAAUUUCUGGGAGGAUGGACGACAGUACGCAGGGCAAUACGAAGAUAACCAGAAAUCUGGGGAGGGCGUCUUCAGCUGGGCUGACGGAAGAGCUUAUCACGGGGAGUGGCUGAAUGGCAAGCAACAUGGCUUCGGGAGGUAUCGCUAUGUGAAUGGCCAGUGGGCCCAAGGUUGGUGGCAAGAUGGGAAGAGAGAGCGCUGGGAUGACGCUGACGUGCCCCCACGGGCACAGGAACUUGUGUCGGCGCAGCGCAUUCGUUGGCAUGCCACCGUUGUUUGGACAGGCGCUGUCUUGGCUGGGCUGGCCUAUAGCCCUUUUGCUGGAUGUCGUGGAGACAUGGCGUGGCUCCUCUUGGUGCUGGUGGUGCCGGUGCUUCUUUGGGCUGCGUGGGACGAGCAUUCAAUGGCUUCAGGAAUUGCGCGGCGCAUCUUACGUGCCCUCGCACGGCUUCCAGGGACGGACGGAGCACAUCAAGGACUUGAUCGAUGCGCGUUCGCUCUGCUGCGGCAAGGGUCUGCUUGGAAGCAUCGUGAUGCUAAAGCUGUUCUCGGUGUUGGACGCUGCGGAUGUCGCAACUGA